AUUUGAUUCAACUUAAAAAACAGGCAACUAGCAACAUUGAAUGGAUUACGGUAACAUUCAUGUCAUUAUUGUGCUGAAAACCAGGAGGAAGAAAUGCGCAUGCAAAGAACUUUAAAACAAGUGGAAGAAGGAGAAUUAUUAGUAGAAAAUCAUAAAUUAGAAGUAGAGUUUGAUGAUAAUACAAGCAUUAGAAGAAACCGCUCUCGUUUCUAUAUUUCAAAAAUUAUUACAAUUCAAAGAGCUUGGCGUGCAUAUUUAAAAAGUCGUAGCCUUAAAGACAAUAAUGAGCUGUCAUGUGACAGUGAUAGUACUGUAGAUAGUGACUCUAGUGAUGAAAUGAACUCACAAUCAGAGAUGAUACAUACCACUGAACAAGAGGAUCCAAGUCCUGUUAUUGCUGAGAGUGAAGGAGUCAUUGCAAUGUAUGACUUAGAAAGUAGUGUGGAACUAGAUGACGGUGAAUUUGCAAGGUUACAGCAAGCCAUAGAAGACAAGAACAAUAAAAAUGUCAAUAAUUUAAGUCUAGCGGAGGAGUUUGCAAACCUGCAAGGAACCAACUCUGAAGAUGAUGAUGAGGAAAGUAGUAGUGUUUCAAAAGACAAUGAAAGUGAAGUAGAAACAAAUGAAAAUAUUAUUCUUAAAGAGGACAUAGAGGACUCAGAAAAAGAAUGUGUGAAUGAAAGGACAGCAUGCAAACAAGCUAGGACUGAAAACAAACUAAAAAUUGAAUGUAAACAAAAAGAUGAAGAAAUAAGCCCCCCUGUCGGGAUAUUUGAUGUGUAUAACUUAGAAGAUACAACAAUGCCCGUUUUAGAUUGGGCGUCAUUAGAAGAACAUCUUGCUAAUAUGUCUAAAGAUGAAAAUACAGCAAGAGAGCAUCAGAGAAACAACAGAGAAGAAAUCUUGAGAAAACUUGCAAUGGCUGGUGAUGAUGAUGACAUAGAAGGUGACAUUUAUGGCAAAGGAAAAGAAAAACUAUCAAGUAGAUUACAAAGUGGCAUGAAUCUACAAAUAUGUUUUGUGAAUGAUUCGCUGAGUGAUAGUGAAAAUAAUGAUGAGGAUGAUAUUGUGGAAUCUCCCAAGCCUAUCACAAAAGAGACACUAACACCACCUCAGUCACCUGUAUGUGAUGAUAAACCUGAAGUGAAGCAAGAAGAAAGUGAAGAUUUUGCUGUUAAACAAGCUAGAUUACAAGAAGAAGCUAAGUUAGCAUUGGCACAGGCUAGACCCAUGGCUAGAAUGCAAAUACAAGUUGAAAAACAACAAAGGAAAAAGUCACCUGUAGCUGAACUGGCUGGAGCUGCAGGUCUGACUGAGAUUACUGAUGGUUUAUGUGGCAAGAGAAUGCUCAAGAAAUCCACAUUAGUCACCAUGACAGUCAGUCAAAUUAAAACUAUUGUUAAUGAUCUUAGAUCACAAAUUGAGAAUUUAAAUGAAGAAUUGGUUCAACAGUUAAUUAUUCGUGAUGAUUUGCAGAUGGAACAAGACAGUAAGCUGGUUGAUAUAGAGGACUUAACAAGGUGGAUUAACAUGAACAUGGAAAGGAACAACAACAAAGCUAGCAUUGAUGACAAACAACAACGAUUAAUAGACAGUGGUAACAAACGACAAUAUGAUACCUUACUUUCAUUGUUGAGUAAUACCCUGCCUGUCAGUCGAAAAUGUAUGUGUGGAGUUAGUCGCAGCUCAUCUAUGUCAAGUCGGUCAAUUUCAAGUCCAGAAAGUCAGAAGUCAUUGACAAGUCCAUUGGAGAACAUGAAAGCACUAAGCAGUCCCACAGAUAGUACUGGUACUGAUCAUAUUUCAAGCCCAGAACUUACAUGGGUUCGGCAAGCUAUAGUUAAAUAUUGGUAUACUUAGCACAACGAUUUGAAUUUUUUUUUUUCAAAACUUGAUUUUGUGUAUGUGCUAUGUUUUAUUAUAGAAUAGAGUUAGUA